UCCGGAUUCCUGGUCUGUGGUUUUUCUUUACACCUUUUUCUCAUUUCACAUGUUGAAUUGAAUUAUUGUUAUUUUAAGAUUUCGAAAUUUCUGAAUCUGAAUUUAAAUUUUAUUUCAAAUGGGCCUAUAGUUUAAAAACAUGGAAUAUAUGCCGCCUGAAACUGAUAUGACACCCAACGGCGCACGAAUAUUGUGCUGCCAAUGUGCUGUUCCUAUUGAGCCAAACCCAUCUAAUAUGUGUGUUGCAUGCUUAAGGGCCAAUGUAGAUAUAACAGAUGGUAUUCCAAAGCAAGCCACUUUAUUUUUCUGCAGAGGAUGUGAAAGGUACUUGCAACCACCAGCAGAAUGGUUGGUAUGUGCUUUGGAAUCACGAGAGCUGCUAGCUCUUUGCCUCAAAAGGCUCAAAGGCUUGAAUAGAGUGAAGUUAGUAGACGCUGGGUUUGCCUGGACUGAGCCACAUUCUAAGAGAAUAAAAGUGAAGCUGACAGUGCAGGGCGAGGUGAUGGGCGGAGCGGUGUUGCAGCAGACCUUCAUCGUGGAGUACGCGGUCCAGCACCAGAUGUGCGACGCGUGCCAUCGCUCCGAGGCACAGGACUAUUGGCGCGCGCUGGUGCAGGUGCGGCAGAGGGCCAAUAACAGGAAGACCUUCUAUUACUUGGAGCAACUGAUCCUGAAGCACAAGGCGCACGCCAAUACACUCGGCAUCAAACCUAAACAUGAUGGAUUAGACUUUUUCUACACAACAGAAAAUCACGCGCAGAAAAUGGUCAACUUCAUACAAUCAGUUCUGCCUAUAAAGUGUCAGCAUUCUAAGAAACUGAUAUCCCAUGAUAUACACAGUAAUGUUUACAACUAUAAGUUCACAUUUAGUGUGGAAAUUGUGCCGUUAUCGAAGGACAGUGUUGUGUGCUUGCCUAAAAAGUUGACACAAAUUUUAGGCUCCAUAUCACCAAUAUGCUUAGUACAGAGAGUAACCAGUACUAUACAUUUAAUUGACGCGUAUACUGGACAAGUCUGUGACGUGUCCUCAACCCAAUAUUGGAGAUAUCCGUUCAGUGCAAUCUGUAAUCCAAAGCAAUUAGUGGAAUACGUUGUCAUGGACAUUGAUAUUUUGAAAGAGCAUGAAAAGAGGUCAUUCCCGGGGCAAGGCGCGGUAUCUAAUAAGCACGUGGUAGCGGAUGUGUGGGUGGUCAAAGCGAGUGAGCUCGGGCUGGACGUCAGUCCUGUGCAUACCAGAACACACUUGGGGCAUAUACUGAAACCUGGCGAUACUGUGUUAGGAUACAACUUAGGCGAGUCGAACGUGAACGACGUGAAUUUGGACAAGUUGAACCGCGACUCCGUCCCCGAUGUGUACCUCGUCAAGAAGCACUACGGCGAGCGCGCGGCACGGCGACGCGCGCGCGCCUGGAAGCUGCGACACAUGCACGAGCAGCCCACUUCCACUACCGACGACGACUACAACGAAUUCCUGGAUGACUUGGAAGAAGACCCGACACUGAGGCAAAACGUGAAUAUAUUCAAGGACGGGAGCAAGGUCCCCGUGGACACGGACGAGAUCGACCCCGGCCUGCCGCGCAUCACGCUCGCGGAGAUGCUGGACGACCUCAACAUAGAGGACGAGGAUAUGACGGAAGUGUAUCUCAACCCUAGUGUGCGUCGCGACCUGUCCGAAGUGCAAGCGGGUGCGCACUUCCCCGCGUGCACUAAGGACAAAUUCAUCCCUAGAAUAGUUCGUCGCAAAGUGAAGAUGAAAGUGUUUUUAGUCACCCUGUUGAUAUUGGGCUCGAGUGUAGCAAUACGUUUAUUUUCCUCAGACGAGUUACUUAAACUAUUCCUGAGGGUUGCCAGAAAUGAGGGUACGCAAGAUGACAUAAGGAACCUUCAAGAUGUGUUCCAAAUCUACAGAUCAGCCUCCAAUGCGGUACGAAGCCCAAACGAGAGGAGAGAAAGUCUCACCUGUUUAAUUUGCCGAAGUGGCCUAGCAGCAAUCUUCGAUAUGAUUGACGCCGGGGCAACGGAAAAGACUAUCAUCAAUUCAGCGGAGACAAUGUGCACUUCUUUGGGGAUCUUGAGGUCUGAGUCUUGCCGCGGUGUUCUCGAAUUGAAUAUUCCAAUACUUACAUACAUCCUUAAAACGACGCCCCAAGCUGCAGCGAGGACGUUCUGUGCGUUAGUGUUACAGAAAGACGACGACCCUAACUACUGUGACAUUCAUGAUGCGAGGUUCAAUUGGACAGUUAAUUUGCCGCAGCCUCCUAACAUUGCAACAGUUAAAGUUCCUCCAUCAAAAUCGACUCCACUUACAAUAGCUCUUGUAACAGAUGCCCACAUAGAUCCACUUUACGAACCAAACGGAGUGGCAGAUUGUAACGAACCAACCUGCUGUAGGAAAGGCCAAGUAUCACGUAUGGAACCUUCAAACGACGAUUCCGAUAUCGAAGAAUUCAUCAUUGAAGAUUAUGUUACGAAAGAAAGCGGAGAGGAUAUGCUCGAUUUGGAUAUUGUAAAGGAUAUUAGGUAUAGAAAGCGAGCAGAAAGAGAGAAAAGAGAUACAUCUCCGGCAGGGUUCUGGGGCGACUACAGGAACUGUGACACGCCAGUUUGGGCGUACGAUGAUGUUAUUAAGAGAAUUUCUUCUACACAUAGGAAUGUCGAUGUGGUUUACUACAUGGGAGACAACAUCGACCACCACGUGUGGGAGACAACUUAUGAGUUAAUAAACGAAGUAAACGCUUAUGUAAUUGACACCAUGAGGAGAGAGUUUGGGGAUAAUGUACCGAUCAUCCCCACAGUCGGCAACCAUGAGUCUCAACCUACAAAUCAAUUCGCACCAAUAACUGUUAAAGGCGACAAACUCAACACAACCUGGCUCUACGAGAGGUUGGCCAGAAAAUGGGACUUUUACUUGACCGAGGAAGCGAAGUCCUCUUUACGUAAAUUAGGAGCUUUCUCAAUGCUAAUCCGGCCUGGCCUGCGAGCCAUCUCAGUUAAUACUAACGUCGCGUACAAAUUCAAUUGGUGGCUUGUCUAUGAUCCCUUAGAUGCCAAGCAGCAUUUGGAUUGGCUGGUUGACGAAUUGUACAAAGCCGAGUUAGCCGGUGAGAAGGUUCACAUACUCGCCCAUAUGCCCCCUGGAGUACAAGACCUUACACACUCGUGGUCUCGCGAGUACAAUAGAAUAGUUAAUAGAUUCUCUGCAACGAUCGCUGGUGAGUUCAACGGCCACACUCACUCGGACGAGUUUAAGAUAUUCUAUAGCACCGGGGGCGCGCCCGCCAGCGUUGCGUGGGGAGCGGGCAGCGCCACCGCCUACAGCAACUACAACCUUAAUUACAAGAUAGCCACCGUCGACCCCAACACAUUUAAACCUCUCAACAUUGCGAACUACGUUUACAAUCUCACGGAAGCGAACCUCAGUCCGCGCAGGCGUCCACAGUGGUUCCAACUUUACGACAUGAAAAACACCUUCGGCCUUCCGGACUUAUCCCCUAAAUCUAUGGACGAAUUGGUCAAACGCAUGGUGACUGACAAGCCGCUCUUGUUAGAAAUGUAUUCGGCGUUCUAUUCAAAACUGAGUGAUACUCUAUGGCCUCAAUGCGACGAUGAAUGCAAAAUUGACAAGAUUUGCAGUACAGUGGUAACUGUGUUAUGGGAACGAGAAAAAUGUGAUGAGCUGCGUCGAUUAUUCUUUUCAUAGCAAAUGUAAUAUUUUUACGUAUUCACCUACUUAUGGGUUGAUUUU